AUGUUUUACUCGUCUUUGACGCGAUGGGCUGCCUUCGCAGCGUUCAUGAGCUUCCUCGGGUUCACCCAAUACCCUGGCACUCUCCGGUACCGAAAGUCCUUCAACGUGUGGCCCCCAUGGGAUGCGACCUUCGAUUAUGUGGUGGUCGGUGGUGGAACUGCGGGCAUCACCAUUGCCUCUCGUCUGGCCCAGAACGGCUCUACUGUUGCGGUUAUCGAGGCCGGAGACUACUACGAGCUCACGCAUCCAACAACACGUGUUCCCGGGGCUGCUGCCAUCGGUAUCGGUGCCAACGUGGAAACCGCAACCAACAUUGAUUGGAAGUUUGUGGCAAAUAAGGUGCCCGGGGCUGGCUAUCGUGACAUCCACUACGCUCGUGGAAAGUGCGUUGGCGGAUCGUCGGCAUUGAAUUACAUGAUCUACCACCGACCACCUCGAGGCGCCAUGGACAAGUGGGCCGAGGCCGUGAACGACCCCAGCUACAAAUUCGACGACGUUCUUCCGUUCUAUCAGAAGACAGCGAAAUUUACGGAGCCAGACCCUCAGUCGGGCAAUGCUGACACGCCAUACAACAAGUCCGCCUUCUGGAACAUCGGAUCCCCCCUUCACGUUUCGUUUCCGCGGUACGCCAUGCCUUUUUCCAGAUGGGUGGGCAAAGCCCUUACGGCAAUGGGUCUCCCAGAGGCCGAAGACUUCAACAGUGGAAGAUUGUCCGGCCACCAGUUUUGCACCAUGACAAUUCGUCCGUUCGACGAGAGCAGAUGUAGCUCGGAGGCCGCAUUUUUGCAAUACGAUAACCACGUGGGGUUGAUGACUAUUUACCAGAACACGCUGGCGAAGAAAAUAUUGUUCGACAACAAAAAGCGAGCCACGGGUAUCAGAGCAAACAAGUACUGGGAUUUCACGCUCACUGCCACGAAAGAAGUGAUUAUCUCGGCUGGAGUCUUCCAAUCCCCACAAUUGCUCAUGGUCUCCGGAGUCGGACCUGCAGCAACACUUCAGGAAUACGGCAUCCCGAUCAUUUCGAAUCUGCCUGGAGUUGGUCAGAAUAUGUGGGACCAUGUCUUCUUCGGGCCGUCCUACCAAGUGAAAGUCAGCACUUUCUCCAUGCUUGCGCAGAGCUCAUUCUGGUUUGCCGCUCAGCUAGCAAGCUACAGUUUUUGGCGAAGUGGCAUGUUGACAAACCCAUCGACCGACUACUUAGCCUUUGAAAAAAUUCCCAUUCCAUGGCGACCCUCUCUCUCUGCUGAAGCUGAGCACGAACUGUCCUGGUUUCCCGAUGAUUGGCCCGAAGUUGAGUAUCUCGCUGCAUCUGCCUACGUGGGUAACUUUUCCGACCCUUAUGCCCAGCAACCCGAGUGGCCGAACCAGUACGCCAGCAUAAUCGGCUGCCUCGUGGCCCCAACAUCCCGCGGAAAUGUUACAAUCCAAUCGGCUGACAUCAGAGAUCUUCCAAUCAUCAGCCCAAACUGGCUCAAUUCAGAGGCGGAUCGGAAGUUAGCAGUAUCGGCAUAUCGACGUGUUCGGGACACGUUCCAACAUCCCGCCAUGAAAGACGUACUGGUCGGGCAAGAAUACUUCCCUGGAAUGAAGCAUCAGUCAGAUAAAGAGCUUCUGGGAAUUGUUCAAAAGACCAUGAUGACAAUAUUUCAUGCUUCGUGCACCUGUAAGAUGGGCGUUCAAGAUGACCUUUCUGCGGUUGUCGACAAUCGAGCGCGGGUAUUUGGGGUCACGAAUCUCCGUGUCGUCGACGCCAGUGCGUUCCCCCUUUUUGCCGCCAGGUCAUCCGCAGUCAACCACAUGCUAGCUGAGAAGAUCGCGGACAACAUCAUCAACAAUUCUUAG